ACACCCUAGGGACCGAGUCAUCUCCCAAUAGUUGACACUAACUUACAAACUUAAGAAUACCCCAUAAAAUCCGUCAAAGAAAAAGAAUAACCCUUAAAAGGGGGAAAGAAUGAUCAUACAAAUUGAUUGGAGUAAUAAUUUACCUCAGAUCAUAUGCAAUAAUUAAACCUACAUCAUGGAUUGGACCAAAAUCCACCUCAGAUCAUGUUGUGUGUGUCAUGCUGCCAUUAAAAAAGAAAAAAAGAAAAAAAACUGUGUGUCUCAUGCCAACCUUGUGCAAAUAAGUAGAGCUUGACCUUAACUUGUUAUUCAAAGUCCUCUUAGCUGAAAUGGUUAAUUCAAUUUAGUAGCUUGGGAAUUCCCAAGGGUAUAUCUAUCUUUGAGUCUAAGUUUUUCUUUUUGGAACAAUAUUAUUCUAGAUUUUGCAUGUGCCCAUUAAACCAACCUUGUAGCCAGCGCCAAGGGAGAAGAAAAAAAGGCCAAUCCAUUUUUUACUCAACAGCUAUAUAUAUAUAUAUUACCAAAAACCAAAUGAAUUGAGUUCUGUCUUAUUUUCUAUCUAGGAUACUUGUUUUACUAACUUUUCUAGUCAACUUCUGCAAAUAUAAGUUAAUUUUCCCUUCAUGUUUUGAUCAAACAAUAUUGAACAAUAUGAGAAUCAGACAUCUUCAUCUCAAGCUCAAGGCAUUUAGGUUGAGAAGGUUUCUGCUAAGAUUUCUAGGAAGGAAGAGAAGGCUCAUGCCAGCAAAGAAGCCUUCAUGGAUGACACCAGUAACACAUGGUUAUCAAGUGGUGGAGCAUCAUAUGAUCAAAGAUGGUUCUGAUUACUCAGAUUUUGAUUCAGUUGUGGUACAGAGAGAGCAAAUGGAUCAAACAGAAUUGUGGUAUUUUGGAAUCUUUGAUCCACUAGUUGGAGACAAGGUUACCAAGUACAUGCAAUCCUAUUUCUUUGCUAAGAAGCUUCAAGAGGCUCAAAUAUGGAGAAAAAGCAAAGAAAUGAUGAAGAGAGCUUAUCUAGGUGUAAGGGCAAAGAUGAGAGAAGAACAUAGAUAUGAAGAGACAUGUAGAAUGGGUUCAGCAUCUGUUAUGGUAAUCAAUGGAGAAAAACUUGUAAUAGCUAAUAUAGGCAAUUACAGAGUUGUUGUGUGUAAAGAUGGAAUGGCUCACCAGAAAACUGACACAUACCAACAAUCAGCCAAAAGACAUUGGUCUCGCAGAAUAUUUUCAGCAUAUGAAUCAGGAAAUGCAGUAGCUAACAGGCAAUCUAGCAGCUCAGAACUUGUCAUCAGAAGUGAAAGUAUUGAUUCUGAUACUGAAUUUUUGAUACUAGCAAGCAAUGGCAUAUGGGAGGUGAUGAAGAAUCAAGAAGCUGUGAAUCUAAUAAGUCACAUAGAGGAUCCACAAGAAGCAGCUGAAUGCUUAGCAAAUGAAGCUUUAAAUAGAAUGAGCAAAAGCAAUAUCUCAUGCUUAAUCAUUCGUUUUGACUGAAGCUUCACCAUAUUCACUCCUAAAUUCCUAAUAGUAAUAGCCAAAAGGAUGUAUCCUAUAGACUGAAAACUUUGUGUGCCAAAUUGCUCCUUACAUCAUUGACCCUUUAUUACAUCACUAUUGAUCAUA